AUGAGAAUAACCACAACGUAUAGUGGUAUCUUAUUAUUUCUUUUUAUUUUAAUCAUAUUUGUUGUUGAUAAUGGUAAUUCACAAAAAGAACCUAAAGAAGUAGAUACCGAAAAAGGAAAAGUUCCACCCAAUCCCAAGUCACCCAUUGCUAAACUUUGUUCUGCUGAUCCAAAGGUAUUGACAGAAAAAAAGCUUGGAAAAGUAGAAGAUGUUCCAUUCAAAGUUAACAUUGGACUUAAAGAGGUUUAUGAAGCACAAGGAAAAGAUGUUAAAAUAACGAUUGAAUGUAAAACUCCGAUAGAAAACUUAAUUAUUUAUGCUGACACAGUUUCAAAAGAUCAUGUUGGACAAUGGAAAGAACAGAAUGGAUUGGCAUUAGAUCCUUCAUGUCCUGGGGACAAAUAUGGUACAUUAAUCAGCACAAAAUCGCCACCAAAAAUGAUAGAAUUAUUAUGGACACCACCAUGGAUAACAGGAUAUAAUGAUAUAACAUUUAAAGCAGCCGUAUUUACAAAAACGGGAUUUUCGAAUUUUACAUCAAAUGUUUUUAAAGAAUCUGGAACAAAAACAAUUGAUUCCGGUAAAAAAUAUCAAUUAAAUGAUAAUAGUAAUAACAAUGGUGAAGGGAAAGGUAAAGGAGGAGGUUUUGGUGCUUCUCCUGAAGGGGAUGAUGAUGAAAAAAAGAGCAAGGAUGUUAAAGGAGAAGAAAGCGCAAAAGUUGGAAAUGGAAGUGAGAUUGGAAAGAAUUCGACUCAACAAACUUCAAUUGCUCGUUCGAUCAUUUCUGAUAAAAAAAAUAAUUUCAUUAAAUUUGAGGCCGAACCACUUUUAUCUUCUAAACCAUGGUAUAAAACGGCUUCGACAUAUUGGUUAUUACCUGUAUUUGCAUUAUAUUCAAUAACGUCUGGAUUGGGCAUAUCAAGCAGAGUACAAUUUUAUUUGAAAACGGUAUGUAAUGAUUAUUAUUCAGGACUACUUCCACCCAAUUCCUUAUCGCUCGAUUCAUCCGAGGAUGAUCCGUGUAACAAUGCGGAAAUACAAGCUAUGGCGUCCCGAUUUAUGAUGAUUCUGAAUUUAUUUACCGCCAGUCCAGCCUUCUUCACCCUUGGACCGAUUGGAUCAUUAUCAGAUAGAAAAGGACGUAGGAUAAGCUUAAUAAUAGGCAUCGCCGGAUCACUUAUUAGCACGUUAAACAUAUUAUUGGUCGGUAACUUUUUAGAAAGUUUAGGAUUAUAUUUCUUAGUAAUUGGAGGAUUUUUGGAGGGGUUAAGUGGGGGAUUUUAUACUCUAGCUGCGGCGAGUCAUGCAUACACAACGGAUUGUACUCCUCCGACGCAAAGGAGUGUGGUAUUUGGUUGGUUACAAGGAGCGAUGUAUAUAGGGAUCGCAUUAGGUCCGAUGAUAGGAGGAUGGAUAGUUGGGAUCACAAAAAAUAUACUUUCAGUAUUUUACGUUAUGUUCGUGAUAUAUUUCAUGAUAUUCUUAUUUUUCAUUUUCAUCUUACCCGAAUCUUUAACAGCGGAGAGGUCAUUAGCAAAUUCAACAAAUUAUCAAGAAGGAUUAAGAUCAAAAGGUAACGGUAAUGAAAAGAGAUCGUGGAUCAAUCGAUUCGUCUCUUUUGUUCACGGUAUUUUCGAACCAUUAUCAAUCUUUCUUACUAGUGAAACAAAUCAAAGACAAGCAAAUGAUCAUGUUGAUAAAAUCCCUAUCAUCGCUUCCAAACGUUCAUUAUUAUCAUUAAUCAUCAUAAAUAUUUUAUUGUCAAUUGCUAUGAAUGGCAUGCAAUCUAUAUUUUUAUUAUAUACGACAUUAGUGUUCAAGUGGUCAUUAUUAGAACAAGGUUAUGUCUUAUUCAUGAUGGGUGCGACGAGAGUUUUCGUACUAUUUGUUUUAUUCCCCACUUUGUCUUCAAAGUUCAAAAGAUCCUUUCGUUUAAAAAAUAAUGAUGAUCAUGUUGAUAACAUUGUUGAUAACGAACGAAUCUUAAUUAUUGAAGAUUUUCAUAAUAAAGGUGAAGAGAUACAAAUGAGAAAAGAGUUGGUAUUUGAAGUUUGGAUUAUAAGGUUGGCAUUAUUGAUCGAUGCAUUCGUUUAUAUUGCUUUCGGUCUAACAAAAUCAAGUUUCGUAUUUUAUGGAGUCACAGCAACAGCAUCAUUAGCCGCGGUGGCAAAUCCAAUAUUAAGGUCAUUACAAACAAAUUUAGUGGCCCCGUCAAAGAUAGGCCAAUUAUUGGGUGCAAUCGGCGUAUUAGAUUCGAUAAUUCGUGUAAUUGCUCCCAUUAUAUUUAAUACUUUAUAUUCUAUACUCGUCAAAACUUCUCCAAACCAUAUUUGGUAUGUCGUAAGUGCUUCAUUUAUCAUUGCUUGUUUAUUCACUUUUGGUGUAGGUCCAAAAAGAUAA